UGAGGCCAGCAGUCAAGCUAGUCGGCUUUGGCUCUCUGGAGCUGUUACGCCAUGGAUUUAAUUUUUUUUUUAACAGAACAUUCUAGGUUGCCUUCAAACAGAUAGGCCCAACUUAUCAAAAGUAAUCACUUGUGUUUCUAUUUACUGUAGUUCCUAAAUGUAUUUCCUGAGUAUUUAAUAUGAGAGAGAGAGAGAGAGAGCAACACUUGACCUCACUUCACCCUUUGAGAAUCCCUGGAAACAAGUGCAAAGGAACAGCAGAAGAUGAAGAAAAAUGUAAAAAAUUAUAAAAAUAACCUGUGUACCAUCACCCUUCUAUAUGUUAGGCUUAGUUAGCAAGUCACAAAACAGUCUAAAAGCCUCUCGAUUCAAAUGCCAACCUCACUCUUCUCAUGGCACACCGUGAAGAUAAAUCAAAAUGAUACUGGAGGAAAUUCUCAUUCAGAAGACAGUGCAAAAGUCAAACUGUUGGGUCUGUAUAUAUUGUUUCAGAUAUGGUUCCUCAGCUUUAUUUCCUUGCUGUGUGUCUCUGUGAUGUCUGUGCUGUUGGUACCAUGUUACACCAACAGCAACCUUCUGCAGCAAGACAGCAACUACAUGACGCCCAUACUCACAGAGACACAAAUGGAAAACAUACAGCAUGAAAUGAAAAGACGACAGCUGACAAUGAUGGGUCAGUGCCACAACACAAGUAGCAGUAAAGUAAACAGCAUACACCAGAUGCCAAAAAUACUAAAGGUGGCAAAGAAGCUCUUUGUUGAAAAGGAACACAAACUAGUGUGGUGUCCGAUAUAUAAAGCUGGAUCCACAACAUGGAUGGAAAUAUUUGCAACGAUUGGAGGAGUGAUGACCCCUAACAAUCGCAUGAGGUUAAGCAAAGGACUCAUACAAAUAAACCAACUAGCAAGAAUGGUUUAUCCCAAGGCAAAAGACACAAAAGCCACCUUGAAGCUGCUGCCAGAAACCACACGAUUCAUCAUUGUGCGACAUCCAUUUGAACGCAUCCUGUCAGCAUACAGAGACAAACUGGAGCAUCGAAAAGAUCGCGAGUUUUAUUACAGACGGUAUGGUCGUCACAUAGUGAGAUUGCAGCGUGAUGGAAAUGCCACAUUUGCAGACAGAGCUGAACCAACUUUCAUGGAAUUCCUUCAGUACUUGGUGAAAACAAAGAAUUUUGAUGAGCACUGGAGUCCAUUCACUGUUGAGUGUGCUCCCUGUGAACUAAACUAUCAGUUCAUUCUCAAGAUGGAAUCCCUUGAGAAAGAGCAGUUAUUCCUAGCAAUUAAAACCAAUUUGCUUGACUUCCUCCUCACUGUCAAUUCCACAGACCAGUUGUUGCAGAACACAAACCCUAAUGGCCGGACUGAACAAAAGUAUGCUCAGCAGUAUUACGGACAGGUUCCAAAGCAACUACUCCAAAAAGUGUAUGUGGUAUAUGAGGAUGAUUUCAGACUCUUUGACUACUCACCAAAUGAAUACUUCAGUUUCGCUAAAGGUAAUAGUUAACAAGAUGCAGCUGUAUUAUCUGAAUGAUGAAAACAUGGAAUUAUUAGUGUGAUGUAUGUCUGUCUUCAAAAAAAUUCCUCUGAGCAUAACAAAGACAGAUUACAUUCCUAUUGCAAUAUGAAGCUGUGAAUCAGUACACAGUAUUUACUGAACUGUUCAGUAUUAAUAAUGUUAUCUGAUAAACAUGACUGAGUGACUUCUAAAAUCAAACAGUAAAGUGUUAUAACUAAUUAUGACCUUGCCUGCAAUAUAUACAUGCAAAUACAUGUAUGUUGAUACCCCUCAAUACUGGCAGUAGUAUAUUUGGUGUUAAAACAGUGCAGUGUAUGCAUGCGCGUUUGUGUGCGUGCAUACGUGUGUGUGUAGAAGAACCUUGUAGAAACCACAAAUAUAUAAGACUAAGUUAAAUGUG